AUGGAUUGGAAAAAAGCGAAAUUUUUUAUUUUGUCAACUGCUACUGUGUUUGUCGCUACACAAAUAGUAAAAAAAGCUUACAACUAUUUUUUUAAUCCAAGAAAUGAUGAACGUGAGGAAUCAAGUGACGGCAUGUGCGAAGUUUCGCAAAAUCUUAAAAACCGUGAUAUAAACGACGUGAUAGUGUUCUCAAACGAUGCGACUCGACAUUCAAUAAGAAUACCGCCAACAAAAGAUAUUUUAAUAUGUGAAAGUAGAGAUUUAAAUUGCUACAAACUACUCACAUACAUAAACCACACGUGAGACAUUGGACGUGUGUAUGUAUCUAAUAACUAGCAAAGAAAUAGCAGAAGCAAUUAUAAGAUUAGGACAAAGACAUGUCAUUAUAAGAAUAGUUGUUGACAGUGAAACGGCAUUCAAACCACCAUCACAAAUUAAAAAGUUAAAAGAAUACAGUUUCAUCCAAGUGCAGCCGAGUAAAAAGACUAUUUUAAUGCACCACAAAUUUUGCAUUGUUGACGGGCCAAAAGCCAUUCAUCGGAAAAAACUGUUAAAAGCUCAAGCCGAAAAGUUAAAUUCUCAUGCGAAAGAAACAAAAAAGCCAGUGAAAAUCCAGGCUAAGGUCAAAGUCACAGGUUUUGUAAUGUCUGGUUCUUUGAACUGGUCCUCCCAUGCAAUGGUUUCAAAUCAUGAAAGCGUUAUUGUUACAUCACAUCCGAAAAUAGUCGAUAAAUUCGAAACCGAGUUUGGGAGUUUGUGGGUGGACAAUGAGCCGAUAUUGAAGUCGUCGUUAAAUACGUCAUUGAAUACGCCGUGA